GGCCUUUCCCUCGCCCUUCCGCUGCUCGGACUUCAACAGGCAGCAUACCUACGCACUCACCGUGCCUGAUCAAAUUCUUAAUUACCACUCCACGAACCCGGGCCAGCCGCGUCUGAACCGGCAUUACAAAGUCGGCUCGUACAAACUUUUAAACGUUACUUGGGGCGCCUAGGCUACAUUUCUGAUCAAUGACCGGUAUCCAAAAGUGAAAUCGAUUAUCGCGCGUCACAGAGUCUCGCCUUGGAGAGAGGAAAGCUAUCCAGAAAACCCUGAUCACCCCUGAACUGCGGGCCAUUGCGGGUGGCGCCGUCCGGCCCGGGUGGAAUGUGCCCCAGUACGACUCCAUGUCAAUCUAUUACGUGGGGGACCCUUCUGCCAUGGCGGCCCUCAUUACGGACCCGGAUUGGGCUGCAUUCGAGGUUGCCGCGGCGGCCUAUGUGGAUGGCUCCAGGGGACGCUCGUAUGGAUCAUACUACCUUCAUGUUCCUUCACGGGCACUAAGGGGACAAUGAAUGUCUGGUGACAUUUGGCUUUGAGAUUCAUCUUCAUUUCUCCCACGGCAUUCCAUCACUUGCUCCCACCCGCAGCAGCGCCUUGAGCGGCAAAUACCUUGCCCAUAAACGUC